AUGCGGUGCGCGAACAAGGCCGCUGAGAGCGCGUCUGCACGUCUCUGUGCAGACGCCGAAGCAGAAACCGCUGUAACCGAUGUGUCAUCGGUUGCUAUAGCGUCUCAGCCUGUAUCACCUGGUGAUGCAGGCGCUCGUCAUGAAGACACUCAUGUCUUCACAGAGUAUGAGCGCAGUGUCUCAUACUCUCCUGAUACGGAAGAGGGAUCUGUAUCGAAGGCGUUUGAAACCAAGCCGCCUGGCAAGCGUGGCACGGAUGAUGCUACGCGUCUUAGCAUCUUCGGUUCGUCUGACGAAUCAGAUGAACCAUCGCCAAAGAGAAGGCGCUCGAGGUCGCAAGACUCGGGCGCUCACAGUGGCGUCGGUUCUCCUGUUGACACCACUUCGCAGCGAUGUACCAGUGAUCGCUAUUGA